AUGGCUGCAGCUCCAGCUAUGAACAUGCUUUUUAAUUGCAACCAAAUGGAAACUCUUAAUGGUUCAAACUUUAAGAGAUGGAAACAAGACCUAGAAUUAUGCCUAGGAUACAGCGACUAUGAGCAUGUCCUGCAUGAAGACCCCCCAGCUGAGUUAACACCUACCAGUACUAGGGAAACAAAAGAUAAAUAUGCUCAGUGGCAUAAACAUAACAGAAUGGCCCUAGUUAUCAUGAAAAGGUCCAUGUCAGAAGCUGUAAAGGGAGGUAUCCCAGAUGCGAAGCUAGCAAGGGAGUAUUUUAUGAAUAUUGAAGAGAAAUAUCAAGUGUCUGAUAAGGCUGAAACUGGGGCAUUAAUGAAUGCUCUUACUGGUAUGAAGUUUGAUGGAGUAGGAAGUAUCAGGGAAUACAUUCUGAAGGGUACAGAAACUGCAACAAAACUUAAGGCUUUAGGUGUCACCAUUGAUGAUCCUUUUUUAGUUCACCUAAUCCUGAACUCCUUACCCUCUCAAUAUUCUCAGCUAGAAUGCAGUUACAACACACAGAAAGAAAAAUGGAGUGUGAAUGAAUUAAUUUCAAUGUGUGUGCAAGAGGAAGAUAGGAUUAAGAAGAGAAAAGGGGUGGUUGUCAAUCUGGUCAACAAGCCACAGUUCAAGAAGAAAGCCUUCAAGCCUCGAUAUUCUGCACCAUCUACCUCAAAAACACAAAAUGAAGCAACUCAGGGAUCUAACAACUUUAAGAAUCAAAAGUCAAUUCAGUUCAGUUAA